AUGAAAUUUAACUUACCAUACCCGAAACCGGAGGCCAUGGUUGCUCCAGAGCCAACAGGGGCCAGCGCCUUGACCAUUGCGCCGGCCCCUGUUGCUUCCACCUCUGCUGACAAUGCCACGGAGCCGGUCAACAAGAAUGACGCCUUCGACGAGAUCAAGAACAAGUUCCUGAAUGAAAUCGACAAGAUCCCACUGCCAUCCUGGGCCAUCAUUGCUAUUGCUGUGGUAGCUGCUUUACUCAUUCUCACGUGCUGCUUCUGCAUCAUCAAGAAAUGCUGCUGCAAAAAGAAGAAGAACAAGAAGGGCAAGAAAGGAAAGGGUGACAUGGGGAUGAAGAACAUGAAAGGAGGAGAGAAACAACAGGAUGAGGACGAUGACGAAGAUGACGCUGAGACCGGGCUGACCGGGGAUGAGAAGGAGGAAGAGGUGAAGGAGAAGGAGAAACUCGGGAAGCUCCAGUACUCCAUCGACUACGACUUCCAGGAAAACAAGCUGACCGUGGGCAUCCUCCAAGCAGCGGAUCUCCUCUCCAUGGACAGUGGUGGCACGUCCGACCCCUAUGUCAAGGUCUUCGUCCUCCCUGACAAGAAGAAGAAAUUCGACACAAAGGUCCACAAGAAAACCCUCAAUCCUGUUUUCAACGAGACCUUCAUCUUCAAAAUUCCUUUCCAAGAGAUGGGUGGGAAGACGCUGGUCAUGUCAGUAUAUGACUUUGAUCGCUUCUCAAAACAUGACAUCAUCGGGGAGAUUAAAUUCCCAAUGAACACCCUUGAUCUGGCAAAGCCAAUCGAGGAAUGGCGGGACCUGGACAGUGCGGAUCAAGAGGAGCCAGAGAAGCUGGGAGACAUUUGCAUCUCUCUACGCUAUGUGCCCACUGCUGGCAAACUCACCAUCUGUAUUCUGGAAGCUAAGAACCUGAAGAAAAUGGAUGUGGGUGGACUGUCAGAUCCAUAUGUGAAAAUUAACCUGCUGCAGAAUGGCAAGAGGCUGAAGAAGAAGAAGACAACAGUGAAGAAGAACACUUUGAAUCCUUACUACAAUGAGUCCUUCAGCUUUGAAAUCCCUCUUGAGCAAAUGCAGAAAAUCCAAGCAGUUAUCACAGUGCUGGAUUACGACAAAAUCGGCAAGAACGAUGCCAUUGGGAAGAUCUGGGUGGGGAGCAAGUCCACGGGGGCCGGGCUGAAGCAUUGGUCUGACAUGCUGGCAAACCCCCGUCGCCCCAUCGCCCAGUGGCAUCCACUGCAGCCAGAGGAGGAGGUAGACGCCGCCCUCGCAGCCCUGACUGCCAAAAAGUAAACUGCCACCGGUACAAGUCAUUUCCCUUUACCUUUCCACGCAUUUUCUGUCAUCACCCCAGGCCCCUCACGUCAUGUUAAUACUUAAAAAGAAAACGCCAACAGAUCUAUCAACUCUAUUCCCUCCUUGUUUCACCUCCCCCCCACCGCCAUGCAAAAGAUACAUUGAUAACACGUGACAUGAUGGGAGAGAAAAAAAGUGUUUAAAUAGGCCUCAUGUUGUACUCAAUCAAGUCAUUGAAUAAUAGAAGACAAGUCACAGGAUGGACAGAUACUCCGUUGAUUUCCUUUAAGAUAUAUUUUUGUAUUGGUGUUGCGGUUACAUUGUUCAGAAUAUACAGAGUAGACUAUGAGGAAUGGAAGUACGAUGUGGGCGUCUGGUGAUAGAAGGGAUGAAACAUACGUUCACUCACAUUGUUCUUCUCACUCCAACCCUUUAGUGAUACUGUUUGCUUAGAGUAACGCUUAAUAAUAUAAUGCUUUAUACUGCCAUAUGAUAGAGAAAUAACACAAGCAGGUCCAUUCCUUUGGGUGCACCAUUGUGUGCACCCCGUUUCACACCUGCCAAUUUGUCAUUCUAGAUGAUCCUGUUAGUUUGAAGUACAUUCCUAUAGAGUUGGGUGACACAUAGAGAUACUAGGCACAGCUCCUGUCACCCACAAACACACUGCCUCUUUUCAUUAGUUAAUCUGCCAUCCAUAUUCUCAGGAAAACUGAGAGAAA